UUCUUUUUGUUGAUUCAAUUUAAUUUAAUUUAAUUUAAUUGGUUGAUUGAUUCCAGUGAUAUGAAACGAAUAUAUUAUGUUUAAAAUUAUCGUUGAAAAAUCACCCAAAUCUCAGAUCAUUAUGCCAAGAUUUCUAGCAAAUUUUAUUCCAUCUAAAUUUUUCAAUCUUUUCUCAGGUUCAAGCAGUGAUAAUGAUAAUGUUCAUGAAAAUGUUGAUGGUAUAUCCAUUGAAAACAUUGUGAAUGGAAUUAAAAAUCGUAAAUAUGAUCAUAUCAUAUUCAUGUGUGGUGCUGGCAUUUCCACUUCUGCUGGUAUACCGGAUUUUCGUUCACCAAAAACUGGAUUAUUUCAUCAAUUGGAAAAAUAUAAUCUACCAUAUCCAGAAGCUGUAUUUGAUGUACAAUUCUUUAGCUCUAAUCCAAAACCAUUUUAUCAUCUUGCCAAAAAUCUUCUGCCAGACAAAUUUAAGGCAACACCGUGCCAUUAUUUUAUGCGUUUAAUUCAUGAUAAAAAUCAAAUGCUACGUUUAUACACGCAGAACAUUGAUUCAUUGGAACGAAUUGCAGGUAUACCGGCAGAUAAAUUGGUUGAAGCUCAUGGUUCAUUUCAUACCGGUCAUUGUAUCAACAAAGAAUGUCGUAAAGAAUAUUCAUUUGAAUCGAUGAAAAAAAUCGUAUUAGACAAUGAUCGCGAAGACAAUGUUGUUUACUGUGAAGAUUGUGGUUCCUAUGUUAAACCAGAUAUUAUAUUCUAUGGUGAAGUUUUACCCGAAAGAUUUUAUCGAUUAUAUCAAAGAGAUUUCAUCAAUUGUGAUCUACUCAUCAUAAUGGGAACAUCAUUGACUGUGCAGCCGUUUGCUAGUCUUGUCGAAUUGGUUGGACCACAUAUACCACGUUUAAUGAUCAAUAAAACUCGACCAAGUAGUGGCCAUUUUUCUCGUAAUAAUCGCGAUGUUUUCAUCAAAUCUGAAACCGAUAGUGCAUGUUUAGAACUAGCCGAAAAGCUUGGUUGGCGUGAUGAACUAGAAAAAUUAAUUAAUUCUGAUGAUUCAGAUAAUAAAACAUAAUUUAUUUUGUGUUUCA